CGCUCCCGCCCUCACCCCCCGGCACAGCCCCACGAGAAGAUGGCGGCUCGCCCGGCGCGGUCACGUGGGCGCUCACGUGCGGCGGCGGCGGGCGGGGGAGGGGCUGUUUCCGGAAGCGCGCGGCGGCGCCGGGCCGGGCUGGUGCGGGCGCAGGAUGGAGAUUUUAAGGAUAACCUCAAUAAAGUAUACGAAGCCAUCGAGGAAGCGGACUUCCUGGCCAUCGAUGGGGAGUUUUCAGGGAUCAGCGAUGGGCCUUCUGUUAGUGCAUUAACCAAUGGCUUUGACACACCAGAAGAAAGGUAUCAGAAACUUAAGAAGCAUUCCAUGGAUUUUUUGCUCUUUCAGUUUGGCCUUUGCACUUUUAAAUAUGACCAUGCAGAAGAAAAGUAUGUAAUGAAGUCAUUUAAUUUCUACAUUUUUCCAAAACCCUUUAACAGAAGUUCACCAGAUGUCAAGUUUGUCUGUCAGAGUUCAAGUAUAGACUUUUUAGCAAACCAAGGAUUUGAUUUUAAUAAAGUUUUUCGCAAUGGAAUUCCAUAUUUAAAUCAGGAAGAAGAAAGACAGCUAAGGGAGCAGUAUGAUGAAAAACGUUCUCAGGCCAAUGGUGCAGGAUCUCUGUCAUAUAUUUCUCCUAAUGCCACAAAAUGUCCUGUGACGAUUCCUGAGGAUCAGAAAAAAUUCAUUGAUAAAGUAGUGGAACAAAUAGAAGACUUCUUAAAGAAUGUAGAAAAUGAAAGUUUGGAACUGGAACCAUGUACAGGAUUUCAGAGGAAAUUAAUUUAUCAGACCUUGAGCUGGAAAUAUCCAAAAGGUAUCCAUGUUGAAACUCUGGAAUCCGAUAAGAAGGAGAGAUAUAUUGUCAUUAGUAAGGUAGAUGAAGAAGAACGAAAAAGAAGAGAACAACAAAAACAAGCAAAAGAACAGGAAGAACUGAAUGAUGCAGUAGGAUUUUCCAGAGUUGUUCAUGCCAUUGCUAAUUCUGGCAAACUUGUUAUUGGACACAAUAUGCUACUGGAUGUUAUGCAUACUAUACACCAGUUCUAUUGUCCCCUACCUGAUGACCUAAGUGAAUUCAAAGAAGUGACAUCAUGCGUAUUUCCCAGGCUAUUGGAUACUAAACUGAUGGCAAGUACACAACCUUUUAAGGAGAUCAUUAAUAACACAUCCCUUGCGGAACUGGAAAAGCGUUUAAAAGAGGUUCCAUUCAGCCCUCCUAAAGUUGAAAGUGCAGAAGGGUUUCCAAGUUAUGAUACAGCUUCUGAACAACUUCAUGAAGCAGGUUACGACGCUUACAUCACUGGACUGUGCUUCAUCUCCAUGGCUAAUUUUCUAGGUUCAUUUCUCAGUCCUCCGAAAAAUCACGUGUCUGCUAGAUCAAAACUCAUUGAACCUUUUUUUAACAAGCUAUUUCUUAUGAGAGUAAUGGAUAUACCGUAUCUCAAUUUGGAAGGACCAGACUUGCAGCCAAAACGAGAUCAUGUUCUUCAUGUUACGUUUCCCAAAGAGUGGAAGACUAGUGACCUUUAUCAGCUUUUUAGUGCCUUUGGUAACAUUCAGGUUUCGUGGAUUGAUGAUACGUCAGCGUUUGUAUCGCUAAGCCAGCCAGAACAAGUUCAGAUAGCUGUAAACACCAGCAGGUAUGCUGAAAGUUAUAGGAUCCAGACAUACGCAGAAUAUGUUGAGAAAAAACAUGAAGAAAAACAGGCAAAGAGAAAAUGUACAGAAGAUAGUUGGAAGGAGAUGGAGAGAAAGCGGUUAAAAACUCAAUGCACACCUUAUGUUUCCCAGAGUCGAUACUACUGUGUUAACAGUUUUACAGGUACCAGUACAUUGGGAAAGAGAAGCAUGAGUCCUAUUCAGGAAGAAACUGGUUCUGAUGAUAUGGAAGAGGGAGACGUCCAAGAUCUAGAAUGUGAUCAAACAGACUCCUGUGCAGAGUCUCUUCCAGAUGGUAAGAAGAGAGCCAAGAAGUUCAAAAAGAUCAAGAAAGAACAAGUUCCAGCAGGAAGCCUCACAAGUAGUUCCACUGAAAUUUUUGAAGUCCCUGAAACAUGGUAGGAAACAACUGCCUUAACAAGUGGAAUUGACUCAAAGCAGUUGCAAGAAUACACCUCUUGGAAGCCAUACUUUAUUUAAAUAAAGUGGUGUUAACAAAGCAGUAUGUGUCCUGAAAAUCAGUUUAAUUUUUUUAAACUGUUUACUGAACAAUCACUGUCAAUUUUACUUGUGUGUAUAUUAACUAGUUUACAGUUCUGUUGUUGAUCAUGUGAAAUCCUUGCUGUCGUAAAUGAUGUUAGAUUUAAGAAGCAAGACUAAAUGUAUUUUGGUCAUCUACUUUGGCAUGCUGGCUAUGAAAUGUACAAAAAGAACUGGCACUAUAUGAAUUUUGUGCUAGGCUGUUUCCUGUGCUUGAGGGGAGUUACCGUAAAUCUCCUAAUGUUUAGAUUUCUUUCGGGCACUAUCAGUAUGCUGUCAGCAUUCUUGAGAAAGGUGGAAUUGCAGUAUCUCCUAUUGCUUUCUACCAGUUGCUUCACCUGGAAACCUCUUUUAGUUUUCCAUUUCCCUCCUCUCUCCCUACCCUAGUGCAGCCAGUAUUCAUCUAAAUACCAGCUUUACACUUACCCUAUCCUUUAAAAAAACCCUGUAAUUUAUAAGUUCCUCAAACAUGAAUGUCCUGGUGGGAGGUGAUAUUUCUUUUUCACAUCUACUGCUGUUUUCACUUUUAAGUCUUGAUCUGAUUCUUCCCUCCUCCUUCCCCAGUUAAUGGGGUUUUUGUAAAAAUGUUUUUGGUACCUGUGACAAACCUGCUAACUGCACCAGCCCUUUAUUUGUUUAAAAAAAAAAAUCUGCCUUGGUAGAUUUAAGAAAAUGUUUGAUAUUUAAAAUUUUUGUAUCAUGGAAAUAAAAACAAAAGAUGUAUUUCCAUAAAAUGAAAAUUAAAGAAAUUUUCUUAGGA